GUAUUCCUUGUAGUGCUUGACAACAAUAUUGUUUUUUAUUCUGCUACAGUUGAUGGUAACUUUACUGAGUGGAGCAACUGGACAAGAUGCUCUGUAUCGUGUGGCAAUGGUACACAAGAACGUAACCGUAGCUGUUCUAAGCCAACACCGGCAUAUGGUGGUAACAAUUGCAYUGGCAAUCAUUCGGAGAUACAUUUCUGCACCCAACCGCAUUGCCCUGUCGAUGGUAACUUUUCUGAGUGGAGCAACUGGACAAGAUGCUCUGUAUCGUGUGGCAAUGGUACACAAGAACGUAACCGCAGCUGUUCUAAGCCAACACCGGCAUAUGRUGGUAACAAUUGCACUGGCAAUCAUUCUGAGAUACGCUACUGCACCCAACCGCAUUGCCCUGUCGAUGGAAACUGGACUUCAUGGUCUGCUUGGUCUGUCUGUAGCAAACCCUGCGAAUCUGGCUCCCAAAACAGCACUAGGACAUGUAGCAACCCAGCUCCACAGCAUGGAGGGAAGGAAUGUAAAGGAGCAAGGAACAGAUCAAGAUUAUGUAACACUUUUGCCUGCAUAGCUGCUGAGGUAACGGUUUUGGUUCGCUUUCCUGAYRAAAACUGGGAUGAAGACUUGAAGGACUUGAGCAGUGAUGCAAGUYUGCUUCUCAAAGAAAAGAUUCUAAAAAACUUAAAGAAGAUAUAUAGUGGAGAGAAUCCUGUAUUAAAGAUUGAAGUUCACUCUUUCAGCAAAGGCAGUGUUGUUUCCAACUUCACCAUCAUUUAUAGCACCAUGGAAUCCUUGCAGCUCAUCAUACUACAAGAAUGGAUUGAGAAAGAGGGUUUCCUCGGUGCGAUGCCUGUACAAACUACUUACAUUAAAACAUCUAAAGUUCCAAGUUCCAGCCCACGAGUACAAAGCAUCAAAAGCCAUAACUCUACCUCAAUCUCUCUAUCAUGGUCUUCCAUCUCAUCCAUCCAUUUGCAUGGCUUAACAUUGAAAAGCUACAGAAUAUAUUACAAAGAARGUGGAGGGCAUUAYACRCCAGACCAAAUGAAAGCAGUGACACCAGAUAGGGAAGAAACCAUUGUUGAUGGGUUGAAGAAAUACAGCAUAUACUCUUUUAGGGUUCUAGCCUACACAGAGAAUGGUAACGGAAUCUCCAGUGACCCCGUUAAUAUCAGGACAAGAGAAGAUGUUCCUUCUGCUCCUCCAUCUGAUGUCAGUGCAACAGCGGUCAGCUCAACAGCCGUGAUUGUUCAAUGGGAUCACAUUGAUCCUGCAUUCAGAAAUGGUAUCAUGAUUGGUUACAAUGUCACGAUAUCCAAUAUGAAAUCUGGUGAGACAAGCUUCAAAACUCACCUACCAGAUGAAGUUUAUGCGUUAUUUGAGAAUUUAGAUCCUUUCUCMCAGUAUUCAGUCGAGAUCUGUGGAUUGACGGCGCAGGGCUGCGGCAUCAAGGGUGGAGACAUUGUCAGGAUGCCUGAGGAUGCGCCGUCCAAGCCGCCAUUUAAUGCAUUAGUAACGAAUUUAUCGAGUUCCACUGAAUUAAUGAUUUCCUGGGAACCUCCUCCAGCGGAAAGCUUAGGCGGUAUCCUACAAGGGUAUACYUUAAGAUACAAAAAAAAGACGACAUCAGGAACACCUUUGGAAGAUGACACCUCUUUUGAUGUCAAGAUGCUGGGACCGUCUCUCCGUAACUGUACUUUAAGGAACAUGGUGCCACAUUCGGUGUACGAGAUAGGAAUAGCUGCAAGAACUGGUGCUGGUUCGGGUCCCUUUGCUGUAAUAUACGGAGAAACCUGCCGAUGUCCAAGAAUUAUCAAUACCAACUACUGGUUCCUUGCUCCAUACCUUUAUAAAACAGAAGAUGGAAAGCUCAACGGUAUCUUUGCUCAGAUCAUACCUANGACGACAUCAGGAACACCUUUGGAAGAUGACACUUCUUUUGAUGUCAAGAUGCUGGGACCGUCUCUCCGUAAAUAUACUUUAACGAACAUGGUGCCACAUUCGGUGUACGAGAUAGGAAUAGCUGCAAGAACUGGUGCUGGUUCGGGUCCCUUUGCUGUAAUAUACGGAGAAACCUGCCGAUGUCCAAGAAUUAUCAAUACCAACUACUGGUUCCUUGCUCCAUACCUUUAUAAAACAGAAGAUGGAAAGCUCAACGGUAUCUUUGCUCAGAUCAUACCUACUGUAACAUGA